AUGGCAAGCUUUAUUGUUGGAUCCAGUUUAAGUACUGGCUUCCAUGUUAGGUCUAAUUCUAGGGUUCAAACUUUGUCCUGGAAUCCCAUUUCAAAGUUGGGUUUCUCAAAACAGAAGGAUCAAUGCUGUUUUUGGAGCAAAAGUUCAGUGGAAUGCAAUAACAAGAACACAAGGAGCAUUGUCGUUUAUGCUAGCAGUGUACCCGGAGCUCCCUUGCCUUCUGGACCACCUUCCAACUCCAUUUGGAGCUGGAUUCUGGGUAUUUUGGUAUCAGUAGUUCUACCCUUUUUUACACACAAAUUGGGGCAACUGGGGGUUCUUAAAAAUAGAAUUGAAAAUGCUGUGGAACAAGUAGAACAAAUAGUGGAAGUGGUGGAAAAAGUGGCUGAAAAAGUUGAUAAAAUAGCAGAUGAUAUAAUGGAUGAUCUUCCUGAAGGACAGCUCAAAAAUAUUGUAAAUUAUGUUGAAGAUAUGGCUGAGAAAACAGCUAAGAGUGCUGAUUCCAUUGGAGAUUUAAUCGACAAGGUUCAAGAAGCUGAGGAUCAGAUGGAGUCCUUUGUUGAAUCUCUUGAUGAUGAAGCCAGAAAGUCUCCCACAGAAGCAAAUUAG